AAAGUUCUCCUCUGAAGUCAAACGGAUGAUAACCGAUUCCAACAUGACCCCGCAUUUUUCCCUGUUGACUUCCGUACCCGAGCAUAACACCACCCAUGCCUGUCUUCUAAUGUCCCCCCUGCCCUUCACCUGGAGUGCUCUUAACAGUCUAGUGCCCCAGAUAGUGUCAAUGGCCUUGAAUGGACAGAAGUGCGUCAUACCUCCUCCGCCAGUGAUUGAAUCAAGUGGAUUCGACCAGGAACUAUUCAAACGAUGGAUUCAACUGACAGUUCACUUCCCGUCUUUCGUCUUCGACUCUCCUUGCCUUUCUCUCCUCCCCCAAGCCCUCACAAGUCCACUCCGCUCAAUCCUAAGCUACCGAUCUCAAAUCUUAGCACCUCAAAUUCAGUUCGCAAAUUCACAGACGUCCCCAAUGGAACCUAUUCUUCGUCCUCUAUGGUUCGAUUACCCCGAAGACCCGAAGGCGUUUCUGUGCAAUGACCAGUUUUUAUUGGGCUCAGAGUAUAUAGUCGCGCCUAUUUUGGAAGCUGGAGUUGAUUAUCGAAAUGUCUAUUUGCCACAAGAGGCAAACUGGAAGUACUGCCCAAGUGGCAUUUGCUCUUCACUCGUGUACGAAGGGGGCUCCCAAGUAGAUGUCCGAACAUCAUCAGACCACGAGGUCAUCCUCUUCCACAUCUGCAAGUUCUGCACUCCGACAGCGACAUCUGGCACAAACUGAAAAUUGUUAGCAAAACUGACAGCUAGGCAAUGGCACCUUGUCUCAAUAAAAACAUAAUAUUAGCAAAUAGUUAUCAACCAAAUGUACAAACAAAACGAAAUUUUCUGGAAUAGCAAGUCAAUAAAUUUGCUUUCAUGAAAAAAGUCUGUAGAUUCACAUCCACAUUUUACAGAACUAUUCACUACAUUGGCUGAUGAAAAUUCUGAAAAAUUAAUUAAGAAAACGUUUUAUGUCAAAUUGAUUUUAAUAGUAGAUUUAUGAGUGUUUCACAUGAAACUUUGCUGCAAUUGUUUUCUCCAUUUACAAGGCUUUAAAGUAAUGACCUGAUCAAGGGCAGCCGAUUGCUGUUCAAGUA